AGCCUCCCUUACUAAGUAGGAAAUGCGUCACUGAAGGCCUGUCGCUUUCGGGGUAAUUUUCUGAAAACAACAUGGCGGAGUGGUUAUUAGAUGGGAAAAUGAAAGUGACCUCGCGGUUAGGGCGUAAGGCUGAAGGAUAUCAGCUGGCUUCCGGUAGAAAUGAUUCGAAUUCAAAUAGAAUUAACAAACGUUCCAUUAUAACUUCCAAACACAAAGAUGUUCGGAGUAUUUAUGACUCUUCUUUGAUGAAAUUCCAAUAUGGGACGCUUAUGGAAAUGUCACCUUUUCAUUCUGAUCUUCAAGUGCUGGUGUUUUUUUUCUAUUGCUGUUGUCGAGGUGAAUGUUUCGAUGUCAAAAAUCCUAAGUGUAACACGUUCUAGGGGAAAAGGAGACUCCUUUGAGAUUGAAUUAGAGUCGAACGGCUGCCCAAGUUGUAAACAAUAUGGGGCUAUGAAGACGAACAGUGUAGCAGGCAGUCGAUGUUCGUGUUCUUGCAAUGAAAAAGGUAAACGUACAUUUUAUACAACGCACACGGGAGAGAUGAGGUGUGUGAAAGACAAAGUUAUUUUGGCGGAUGUACGCAGAGGAAAUACUUGUGGCUUCUACUUUAAUCGAUCACAGCAGUUUAAGGUUCUUAACCUUCAGGCAAAUGGACAAGAAAGACUGCAGCCUAAUGAUCUCUGUGAUCAAAUCCAAAUUACUGGGUGGAAAUUUUACUUAAACUCUUCAUGGACUUCCUUUCCUGCUGAUGAUGCUUUCGGAAAGAAGCCACAUUCAGCAACAACUUUCAGUUGGAAUGGGAACCCUGAUUUCCUUUACCAAGGAUUCCUGAUAAAAGUUAUGUUUCAGUGUACUCACGAAGGGACGACAGACACUCGUUGCCUCAUAUUUAAGGCUGAAGGAACACAUCAGUAUUUUAACAUUUCUACAACCACACCACCUACACACACUUCAACAGAGAAGAGCAGUGUUGAGACAUCAAAUGAAGAAAAUACAGAAACCAACAGUCCAUUGCCGACAGUUGAAUAGUCAAAAGCCAAUGACAAGAAGAUCUGGAUAGCUGUGUCCUUGGGUCUGUCUGGUGUUGUUCUCAUCGCCAUCAUUGCCAUUGUUGUAUUUCUGGUGUUAAGGUGUCGAAGGAAUUGCAAGCAGGAAA